UGAUCACUGAAGGUAGACAAAGCAUUUCCCUUUUUGGUGUCUGAUUUUUUUUUUUUUUUCAUUCUGGUGCAUGUGGGCUGAUUCGUAUACACACCACCACAACACAUUAAUAACCACAUGACAGAUUUAAACUCGUAUCUGUAAACUUUGCCUUUUCUGACAUGAACUCCUUUGUCUCUCAGCCGUGGAAGCUCCAGACUGAAGGACAUGGCAGCAGGAGUAUUUCCUGAAAAGACAGAAGUGCUGUCGAACAGGAUGUGCACCACUUUUCAGAUGCGACGAGCGGAUGUUGUGAGGUGGGCGAGGUAAAAAUAGCUCUUGAAACCAAGCCCCUCUCCUCUUGGCUCUGUCAAUCAAAGGGCCGAAAAACAAGAUGGCAGGCUGCCGGAGCUGGGUCUUCUUUCUAACAAUUUGUGCGGCCGCUUUGCGCGAGGCCAACGCAGAGAUCAAAGUCACCAUCCCCGCGGGGAGGUUCUUCACGUAUGAGCUGCUGAGAGAGACUUUCCAGAGCGACUUUGAGCCCGAUUCCAAACUCUACACUGGACACUUGUACGAUGACCCCAUGGUUUUUAAGUGCAACCGGCAGAAUUACCCAGACCUCCCAGAGUGGCUGCGCCUCACCCAGAGGCAUCCCUACGAUAAUGGCUUCCUGUACGGCACGCCGGCAUCUCCGGGAAAAAGUGUAAUUGAGAUCCACGCCAUCAACAAACGGAGCUAUGAUGCAGCCAGGCAGAUACUCGUUAUCAAAGUCACCGCGGAGAAGACGCUGCCCUACCAAGCAGAGUUCUUCCUCAAGCUCAGGGAGAUUGAGAAGGUGCUGCCCUCUUCUGUCCGGGAUGAGAUAAAGCAGGACGUGCAGAACCUGUGGGACGCACAGGCCUUGGAAAUCGUCAAUGUCACCAGCGCCCUGGACCGGGGCGGCAGGGUUCCCCUCCCCCUGCCUGGACACUAUGAAGGUGUGUACGUGAAGGUGGGGUCGGAGGAGAACUUCUCACAUUGUCUGCUGAGGGUGACGACGACAGAGCAUCAGAAGCAGUGCAGGGCGGGGGCCGAGGUGGAGGUACCAAAGGGCUGCCGCUUCUGCAGGAUUCCCGGCAACUGCAUCACCUGGUGCAAGACGCAGCUGUUUGAUCUGACCAAGAGGAGGCCGGCUCCCCCUGCUCCCACCAUGGGUUCGGGGGUCCUGGAGGACGGCGGCGACUUCAGCCCCCCCGAGUCGCCUCCCAGCAGAGACUUCUUCCCGGACUACAUGGUGACGGUGAUCGUGCCCCUGGUCCUCGCCAUCGUCCUCUGCCUGCUGCUGGCCUACGUCAUGUUUGGCAGGCGAGAGGGAGUUGCAAAAAGGAAUGCAAGAACAAACCAGAUUCAGCUGUACCACCACCACACCAUCCACGGGGACGCCGACGAGCUGAGGAGCAUGGCGGCGGAGCGCGGCGCUCCUCCGCCUCUGUCCACGCGGUCCAUGUUCAACAGCCGGACCGGAGACAGAGCUCCGCCGCUGCAGCCGGACAGCAUCCCCCUCAUCAUGGCCCAGCAUGACCCGUACAGUGACACGCUGCCCAGGUAAACCCGACCACAGGGCUGCUUCUGGUCGGUAAGGAUGAUUCCGAGACAACGCGGACCCCAUCAAUUUGUUCGAUUUUCCAGGAAAUGAGGAUAACGACGGAUAAAGAGCCAUUCAUGCAGUUUUUGGGUCGAUAUUUGCAGUGAGAUAUAUCCUCUUUCUACUUAGAGAAUAAGGGUGUUGUUUGUUUGUUUGUUUGUUUUUUGCCAUUUAUGAUUUUCCCUAUUCCAUCGUUCGCUACCAAUAAAAAAAAGACUAAAUUCCACAUUCUUCAUUGUUUUUCAGAGGGCAAAUUAAAUUGAGACACAUUUUAAAAGAAGGAAAGCUUAUCUUUUGCCAAUGACAGAAUUUAAACCAAAAACAAAUCAGUGUGUAAUAAAAUAUUAAAGCUCUGUUGGUUUGAUUUAGUGUGUCCAAAUACUUCGGGCCCAAAUACCUGGAUGUUCCGCUCUUUGCUGCAAAGUGCUGUCAGCAACAGAUAUCUGUGCAAGAGGGUCAAAAUAAAAGGUGCAAUGUUAACAAGA